UUUUUUUUUUUUUUCUUCGGCAUUGGAUACCAUGGAAGGCUUCCGUGUGGAUUGAUAGUAUGCUUUCCUUGUCCUGGCUUUGGGCUCAUUAAUUAUUUCCAUUUAAUUAUUUUUAUUAUUAAACCCUUAAUUAUUAUUAUUUUAUUAUUUCAAUCCUGUGAGCCAAGGUCUCCAUAGAUCUAUAUAAUCAUGCAAUACCUCACGUCUCCGGCCAGGUCUUGAGUCAUCAUCGUUUCUUAGAUUCUUCUACCAUCCUUCUAUCUUUCCCAUCUAUAACUCCAAGAUAACCCCAGGUGUUCGUAACUAAGAUCUCUCCUGCUUCUUAGUUCAAUCCUUCCAACAGGAAACAAUUUGCAUCCUUCAUCUCUCCCCCCUACUCUACUCCAAGCAAGCCAAGAUGGAAGGACUAUACUUCGACUCCAGUCGGCCCAUAAAACAUGUCGACCGAAAGGCACUCUACACCCGGCUCGAGGCCCGCAUCAACUAUCUCCAGGACUUCCUGGACUUCAAUUCUGCUGACAUCGAAGCCCUGACAACCGGCUCCAAGUACAUCAAAGCCCUCAUCCCCGCCGUCGUCAACAUCGUCUACAAGAAACUCCUGGAGCAGGAUAUCACGGCCCGGGCCUUCCACACCCGGGAUACGGCCGACGAGAGACCGAUCGAAGAGUUCUACAGUGAGGAGAGUCCGCAGAUCUUGCGCCGGAAGAUGUUCCUCCGGUGGUACUUGACGAAGCUCUGCUCGGAUCCCACCCAGACGGAGUUCUGGCGGUAUCUGAAUAAAGUUGGCUUGAUGCACGCCGCACAAGAACGCAUGCACCCUCUCAACAUCGAAUACAUCCACAUGGGCGCCUGUCUGGGCUUCAUCCAAGACAUCUUCACCGAAGCGCUGAUGUCGCACCCGCGCCUGCAGCUGCAGCGCAAGGUGGCCCUCGUCCGCGCCAUCGGCAAAAUCAUCUGGAUCCAGAACGACCUCAUCGCCAAGUGGCGGAUCCGCGACGGCGAAGAAUAUGCCGAUGAGAUGUCGCAAAUGACCCUGGACGAGCGGGAGGGAUUCCUCGGCGACAAGAAGAUCCUGGGCGACAGCAGCAGCACGUCCGCCAGCUCAAGCGACGACGAUCGCUCCAGUGUGCACAGCAGUAUAGCCCCCAGCAUUGCGCCUUCCACGAUCUCGGCAUGCCCCUUUGCGGAUAUGGUCAUGAGCAAUUCGGCGGCGUCGACGUCGGAGACGAAGAUCUGGGCUGGGAAGUGAUUGACCAAUAAUUGCUAAUCGGUCGAGAAAGCUUAUCUGGGAAGCAAAUUAUGAUGCGCCACGGCAAGGAAAGCAUUCAGGAAUCAAAAGGCAUGGCUGGCGUAAGGGACUAGAUGAUUACCUCCUUUUUUUUCUUUUUCUAUUCUUUGUUCCUCUUUUUCUUUAUUUCUUUUCGAGAGUGUUGACGGGGCUUUUGCUCGUCUAGAAGCAUGCAUGGCGGGUGUUUGGGCUUUCUGAUCUUUUGCACAAUAUAAUCCAACGAUAUC